UUCAUUUUUCCCUUAAUCCAACAUAAUGUUAAGAAACAAGAACUCAGGCUCUGGCUCUGGCUCUGGCUCAGGCACAGAGUCUAAAAGCAAAAUAGCUACGGUAUCCAUGCCCAUGGACUCCACCCCACUUCCUCGCCCUGAACCCACCCAACCCCUCUCCCUUACUUCUUCUUCUGCCUCUAAACUUCCCGUCAAACGCAAAACCCCUCAUCUCCAUUCUUCCUCGCCCGCUCUCGAUUUCGACUCCAAACCUCCCCCUUUCAAGUUCCACCGGAUCUGGACUGAACCCGACGAGAUCCGUUUUCUCCAGGGCCUUCUCGAUUCCUCCUCCCAUGGCCUUUCCUUCCCUCGUGACUUGCCCAUUUUUUAUGACAAUUUCUCCAAUACUAUGUCCCAGCCCUACUCCAGAUCCCAGCUUUCCGAGAAGCUCCGCAGAUUGCGCAAGAAGUUUCGGGUCAUCUCUUCUCGCCUUGCCCGCGGCCUCAGUCCUUCUCUCUUGUCCCCCCACGAUUGCGCCCUUUUUGAUCUCUCCAAGAAGCUCUGGAGCCCUGAAUUUUCCUCCAUUUCGCCUUUCGGCUGUAGCAAAAUCAAUUCUGGUAGUAAUUUAGAUGUGGGCACUAGUGCGAAUUUGGUUGGAGUUCAGGUUAGUUUCUCGCCGGUUUUGCCUGUGGUUUUCUCCAAUAAUGACGAUGACGUGAAUGAAUUUGGGCCGUUGGAUGUGGAUGAUAUUGAUUAUGGGAAUGUUCCAAAGACGAGUGAAAUGCAUCCGGAUUGUGAUCAUAUUGAAGCACGAGAAGAGGAUUCUGGAUUGGCGAAGAGCGUCGUGGCUAAAAGCGUUUUGAAUGUGUUUGAUGAAUGCCUCAAAGAGGUUCAGAUGGUUCUCGCGAGAGAAAACUUGCGAUAUUCGGAUGAUUUUAAGGAUUUUGAAAGCAGGUGGAGGGAGCAAAGGGUUGCAGAGAUGGAUGUUUUGGCUCGGCGUUUGAGGUUGGUUCUCGAGAACACUGUUAAUAGGCAAUCUGUAUCAUAACUUGUUUAGUGUAAUUGGGAAUUGGCUCACUGGCAUUGCUUUUUUGCGUGUUGUUUCUGAAUGUUCUUUUGAAAACUUGUAUAUUCCCUUAUGUAUAGUCAGUGGGCUCAAGUAUUCUCUAACAUUUUUGUGUAACUAAUUUUUCUUAAGUAAUUGAUUAUGCAUAGAUACAUUAAUAAGUUUAAAA